GUUCAUUGCUGAUGUGAUGCCCAGGAAGUACACAGAAGGAAAUUCCCAGGGUCAAAGGGUGCCAGUGAAAGCUUCAAAUGUCCAAAAUGUCCAGUGGCUUAAAAUGUCCAAAAAUUUUACAUAAAACAUAAAAUAUUACAUUAUACACACAAAGGGGUCCAUGGACACCGGGGCACCCUAAUCAUGGUGGCCGGGGUAUACAUGGGGGCAAGAGUUGACUCAGGGUUAGUUGGGAUGAAGGGAGGUUAUAUUCUGGGGAAAAGAAGGAAGGGAGCCCCGUUCUUAGGGCUGUGGGGGCUAUGGGGGCCGAGAGGUCACUGGGGCCAGCUGCAAGAGAUGAAAAGGAGAGAGAAAUACAUAGGAGGCAAAGAGGACACAAAGAAUCAGAUAUAAGGAUAACUCACCAAAGUACAGUAGAGUCUCACUUAUCCAAGCUAAACGGGCCGGCAGAAGCUUGGAUAAGCGAAUAUCUUGGAUUAUAAGGACUGAUCAAGGAAAAGCCUAUUAAACAUCAAAUUAGGUUAUGCUUUUACAAAUUAAGCACCAAAACAUCAUGUUAUAUAAUAAAUUUGACAGAAAAAGCAGUUCAAUACGCAGUAAUGCUAUGUAGUAGCUACUGUAUUUACAAAUUUAGCACCAAAAUAUCACGAUAUAUUGAAAGCAUUGACUACAAAAAUGGCUUGGAUUAUCCAGAGGCUUGGAUAAGCGAGGCUUGGAUAAGUGAGACUCUACUGUAUGCUUUAUUAAAGGGGUUACUUUGUAAUAAAGGGGGAAGAUAGAAUGUAUCCAGGGCACUGGUAGCUGCUGCACGGCUCCUCCACUCCUUCAAUCAUCCAAAGAACUAGUCAGCUGGGUUCUGGGCUCCCGCUCUUCAUGGGUCUCUCUGUCGUGUUUCCGAGUAAAUAUUUUUAUUAAUUUGACUGGAGUGGGGGUAUCGGUGCUCGAUAUCAUGGAGACAGAGUCCCACGGGCAGUCUAUGGAACAGGUUAUGCGUUGUUUGAUGGAAUCUGUGGGAUUUCACCUUUGAAGCAUGUAGAAAUGGGGGGCACCUUCAUCAUACAGUACAAAGUCCCACAGGAGCUUCUCUGAAUAAGCGAUAAACAAAUAAAUGCUGUGAAAGGGACUCACUUUCUCAAGCUGAAGAAAUUAUGGUUUUUCCCAGAAGUAUUGAGGGGUUGCUGGUCACAAAUAAAAUAAAAGCCUCCUGAAAUCUGCCCCUCCCCUAUCAUCUUGUAUCUUGUAGCAAGAGGAUAUUGCUAGAAUAAACAUUGAGAGUACACAUGACUGUGCCUGCCCUUCACCUAAAUCCCCAUGGCCAAUUGUUUACUAUCAUUUUAUCUGUAUCCACUGCCCACGUUCAGGCUCAGGACAUAGGUUAAGGAGAAGCAACUGAUCCAUUCAGUAAUUUGCUCUCAAAGGCUACUUUAAGUCACAUGGGGCUGGUAAUUUGAGUUGCUCUGCAGUUCAGCAGGCACAGAGCAAAGGAGGAAAAGACAGCAAAACUACAGUAGAGCCAGUGAGACAUGGGAAAGUGGCAGGAAAUGUCCAAGGAGGAGCUGGAAACUCAAUAUUCCCCUAGCAGGUGGUCUUCACGGAUGACUGGGGAUGCUAUUAUUGAGGCUCACAUACAGGUCACAAGUGAAGCCUUUCCCCUGGUCCUCUAUUUUCAUGGUGGCUACUGGCAAGCCCUCAGCAAGGAUGUUUCAGGCUUUGCUGCAUUGCCCCUGGUGACACAUGGCAUUGCCUUGGCUGUAGCUGAUUACACUAUCGCUCCCAAAGGCCAGAUAGAUAUGAUGGUCAAGCAGGUGAGAAAGAGUGUGGCCUUUGCAGUUCAGCAAUACACAGGGAUCAGUGGGGUUUAUUUACUUGGACACUCAGCGGGGGCCCAACUGGCAGCCAUGGUGCUCUCCACAGACUGGGCUGAAUAUGGUGUUGUGCCAAACAUAAAAGGAGUCUUUUUGGUGAGUGGCAUCUAUGACCUGGAGCCCAUCAUACACACCUACGUCAACGAUGUAUUGCAUAUGACUCGGGAAGUAGCUCUGCAGAAUAGCCCUCUACAAUGUGUGCCUACUUUGGGAAACAAAAAAACUUGUCAGCUACUCAUUGUCGUAGCUCAACAUGACUCUCCUGAAUUCCGCAGACAGUCCUUGGAGUAUUUGGAGGUUGAAGGAACCUGCUGCUAUCUUGUGAACACAGUUGGCAUACCUCUGGCUUCACCUAUAGGCACUCCGAGUAGCUGGCUGGAAUUCCUCCCUGUUGGACAUCGGAGAGAAAGAUCAUUUCGAUGUAAUAGAGAAGCUUUCCCAGGAGGACUAUCUUCUCACACAGGUGAUCUUGAACAUGAUUUCCAGAAGCUAACAAGAUGAAAAGGGAUGGAAAUUCUUCACCCAUGUGUAUGCCUUCCACUGAUCAUGCCAUCUUCCCAUUGUGCUCUUUAUAUGUUCAACUGUGAAUGAGCUUCCUUGCCACUCUUCAAAAUGCCUUUGAAUUCUAUCUAGCAAUCUAUUUGGACAAGACAGUUGAGGUCAAAUGGGAUUCUGAAGCCCAUUAUUCCAAUAUGUGUUUAGAGGAAAUUAUUUGUGAAGAGAAUACAACUCCAUUCCUGACACAAAGACAGUUCCCAUCUUCUCCUGCAAUAAGCUCCUUUUCUCAGAAUGCAUUGAGAACAUUAAAUAAAACUAGGACAAAAAUUGCAACUGCAUUGUGGUUGUAAAUCACCUUCCACUGGGAAAUGGUCUGGAAAUGAAUCUGUGAGUACAGACAAGAUAUAAUUGGUGCAUAAAUCACCACUUUUUUUUCUAAUCCACUUAGUGUAGAGCAAGCUGAAGGUUGAUUUCCUUCACUUGGAGCAUCGGUUGACCAUUUAAUGUUUUGAGUAUGUUUAGGGCUCUUCUUUGUCAGACUAUUAGUCUACCUAGGUCAGUGGUGUCUGCUCUGACUGGCAGCAGCUCUUGGUACAUAAUAUCAAUAAUAAUAAUAAUAUAAUAAUAAUAAUAAUAUCUGUAAUAAUAAACACUAUUUGUUAAUACACAGAGAAGCCAUUGAAAUUCACAAGCAUGUGGACAACUUCAACAGAAAAGAGGAAACCAUAAAAAUGAACAAAAUCUGGCUACCAGUAUUAAAAAACUCAAAAAUCAGAACAGUAAAUAAGAAGCAACACUCUGCAAACAGAGGAAUUUCCAGACAGGGGCAGCUAAUGACUCUGAACAAAAGAUGCCCCCAGGCAGGAAAGGCUAGGAGAUGAAGCUUUUCAAUGCUAAUUAGGGUGAUUAACUGCAACAUUCACACUGGCCUCCAACCGACAAAGAUUCUUCUCUCACCCUGGACUUUCUACAGAUAUAUAUAAACCUUCCUUGCUUAGUUUCUCCAUACCUCACAACCUCAGAGGAUGCCUGCCAUAGAUGUGGGCAAAAUGUCAGGAGAGAAUACUUCUGGAACAUGGCCAUACAGCCCGGAAAACAUACAACAACCCUGUGAUCCCGGCCAUGAAAGCCUUCGACAACAUAUUUGUAUCCCGCUUUUCUCCCACAGAGGGACCCAAAGCAGCUUACAACAUAUUAAAAGCAAUACAAGUCCAAACAAUCAGCAUAUAUAACACAUAAACCAUCUAUAAAAUAAAACAUAGUAUUUAAAACCAAAUACAUUAUUGUAGCAGUGCUAUGGACUCUUAAGCAGAGUGCCAUUACAGCAGGGUAAAAUUAGAUCAAAUGAAUUGAAAACUGUCUUUUCAACUGUUGUUGGGAUUCUAGCUCAUAUGGGUCCCAACCAGCAAAGGAUGAUGGAAGAUGUAAUCAAAAAGAUCUGCAUGGUUACUGAUGACCGAAACCCCGGCUUUUAAAUUAAUUUAAAAAACGCAGCAGAGAGUUCCGCAGAUCACUCACCAAAGGAACGGAGCGGGACCGCAGCAGACUAUUAUUAAAAAACCUUUUUUUCUUCACUUUCCCCUUCCCUGCACUAUGUAACAAAUCCCCCAAUAAAAGUAGCAUUUAUUUUAA